CUAUGUAAGCAGUGCCCAAAUAACCAAAGUUUAUCUCAAAAUUCCAGUAAAAUAUGUGCUUGUGAUUUCUAGUCAAAACACAGAGGAAACAUCAAAAUGUGUCUGCGUUUGUGUUGCGGCUAUUUGUCGCUCUACAUGGGCUGCAUCUUCAUUGGCUUUACGGGGAUGCUGCUGGCCAUAAUGGUCUUCUCUGUGGGUCUAUUCGAGCUGGUCAAGGGCAACGAGGAACUAUUGCUUGUGAUUUUGGCAAUGGUCUUUGGUAUUGUCGAUGCCCUAGCCAAAAUACUUCUGCUCUUCGGCACCAUGUGGGAUAUGUGCUGGGCCAUGCUCCUGUCCUUCUUGAUAGGUAUUGUGUCACUGGCGGUUCUCGUCGCAUUCUUUGUGUUCUUCUACAUGCUCUUGCUAGAACCUCUGCACCUCCUGCUAGGAUGUUUCCUAAGCAUAAUCGAGACGUACUACGAAUGGGUCAUCAUUUCAACAUGGUGGUGCUGUCGAUCGUGCACCCACGACUGCUAGGAGUUGCAGUUGGUUCCACUUGUUGCAUGUUGGGCAUCGAACGUCCUCGAACGUCUUCGAACGUACAUACAACUCUUUGCGAUCUUCGAAUCGGUUGUAGUACUGUGAGCACCAGAGAGAACUUGUAUCCGAAGCACAACGUUGAGAUACAGAUACAUUCGGUUGUUCCGACUUGAGUGUCUUUCAAGUAAGUCAGUAUACUCUGAGACGCGCGCUGGAUAUGUCGUUCCUGGAGCCGUCGAGCUGUUCCAGCAAUUGAGCGUGUGUGUGCCAGUGUACAGCCCCCAACCGUCAAGGAAAAAAGAAAAAUAUCGGAAGAAAAAAUCAAAAAUUAUAUCUGAAAAUACACAAGUGUAUCUGCAAGUGCAGUCGUAUCUGUGA